AAAUCAAAUCCGAGUAAAAUAAAAUUGCAAAUAUAAAUCAGAGAUAAAUGACCUAAGUGAGCAGAGAGUGAAUGAAAAAGGAAGCCCACAUAAAUUGGCGGGAAAACAAAGCGGAGGGAAAUAAGAACAAAAUCCCCUAACUCUCCCUUUUGUCAUCGCUCACUUCCAAUGGCGCAAACCCAAACCCUAUCCUUCAUUCACGAGAUCCAAUCUCUCGUGUCCGAUAAGCUUCAAGUGGUUUCGUACAAGUGGCUGAGUCGCAAUUAUAUGGUAUCAUCGGAUGAAGCAAAGAGGUUGCUUCAGGAGUUUGUUCAAAAACAUGAGGGUGGAUUGGAGGUGGUAUAUGCUUUAUCUGGCUGGUUGAAGAGUAACCAUCCCUGCUACAACGUAAGGCUUGUUACUGGGCCAAAGCUUGCAGAAGCACAGCAAGAAUUUGAUGGGGAUUGCUCAGUUCAGGUUUAUAGUGUGCAAGCUAGCAUUCCAAAGGAUCCAGCUGUGCUUUGGAAUGCAGAAUUCAUUCAAGCAGAGGAGCUCUUUAAGCAGCCCUCCUCAGUUGAUAAUUGCUUCAGAGACAAUAGGUUCUGUGGGAUCUCAAAUUCUUUUGUACGGCGGAAUGUGGAUGGCCCACCAGUUGUUUUUGGAGCUUCACAAACAAAAUCUGUUGUAUGCGAGAGACCAACAAUGAGUAACAUAGUUCACCAACCUCCUAAUAGAAUAACAUGUGAUUCUGUUGUCAAAGUUGAUGCCAAACCACAGAACGUUGCAAAAGACAUCAAGAAUGAAAGUAAUGGUACAGGGAAUACAGGAGUUCAUGAUAACAUUAGCAAACCUGCUGCAGACAAAGAAAAGGCCCUUCCCAUGCCCACAGGCAAAAAGAAAGUACAAGCCGAUAAAAAUGGGUCUAUUGGAGGUUCAUUGGCAAGCUUUUGGGGUCGUGCAUCUGCAAAACCCAAGCCUGGCUCCCUGCCAGUGGAAAAUAACACCAUGGUUUCAAAUCCUGCUGUAUCUACUGAAGAGGCCCAAACUUCUGCUCGUGAAGCUGAAGAAUGUGACAGCGGAGAUGAUGGUAAUCAAGAAGUUUCAUUGAGAAGGUCAUCCAAUAGGAAAAGAAGGGUUGUCUUUGAUUUCUCAGAUGAAGAUGAUGAUGCCAUCAAUUUGGCAUCACCUGAUUUCCCAGAUAAAUCAUCUUAUGAUUCUAGACAAAAUGAUAAGAAAUCAUCAGAGAAAGCCUCUUUGAAUCUUGACAUACAGAUAGAAAAUAAAUCUAGGGUUAAGGAAGAGAGAGCAACUGACCAAAAAACUCACCUACCACUGAGAGAUGUGUCUGUUAUCAGCAAGUGCACAAGUACUGGGAAAUCAUCCACUGAGAAGUUGCAGAAUUGUGCUCCUGAAGUUCAUGUAGAUGAGGAUAGUGUAAACAAUGCCGCUCCAUGUUCUCCUAAGAGGAGAAAAGUGAUGAAGACCCGGAUUGAUGAACGAGGGAGAGAAGUAACUGAAGUAGUCUGGGAGGGGGAGGAGACUGAACCGAAGAAACCUGACAAGGUUACAACAAAGAAAGCUGACAAGAAUGCAUCCACCAAUGCAGUCAACAGUGCUCCAGCAACUAAGAAGCCACCAGCUAGUUCAAAUACUACUUCCAAUCCUACUGGGAAAGGAGGAAGCAAGAAAGCAGGAAACGCUAAGGAUCCCAAACAGGGCAAUAUACUUUCAUUUUUCAAGAGAGUUUGAGAUUUACAAUGUUCAAGAAACAAUCCUUUUUGCUGGAUCAUUCAUCAAUGCUAGUUCCAAUAUGAUCGUGAGGAUUAUUCAGAUCUGGUUCUCUUAGUUGGGGUUUCACUGUAAUCUGGAUGCGAAAUAGAUGAAAUAACUUGAUGUAUUGUGUUUACCUUACGCACACCAGUGCUAAUAUAAUUAAUAAUACUCCGUUGCUUUUCUAGCCCUAAUCAACGUAGUUCAUAUACAAAGUCCGUGCACAGAAUCACGGUGUAAUGCGUACACUCUUUGAUUUUGAGGUUCUAAACUUGUCAUGCCUAGCUCUGAGAGGAACUCUGUAAAUAAGGUGAAAAGCGAGAAUAUAAUAUUUGAUAGAACAAG